UUUAUUGUCUGAAAUAUGUCUGGACGUGGGAAAGGUGCCGGCAAAGCCAGAGCCAAGGCAAAGAGCCGCUCCUCCCGGGCAGGACUUCAGUUCCCGGUGGGUCGUGUCCACAGGCUGCUGAGGAAGGGAAAUUAUGCGCAGCGUGUGGGUGCCGGCGCUCCCGUCUACCUGGCGGCUGUGCUGGAGUACCUGACUGCUGAGAUCCUGGAGCUGGCUGGAAACGCCGCCAGAGACAACAAGAAGACCCGCAUCAUCCCCCGUCACUUGCAGCUGGCUGUCCGCAACGACGAGGAGCUCAACAAGCUGCUGGGCGGAGUGACCAUCGCUCAGGGCGGCGUGCUGCCCAACAUCCAGGCUGUGCUGCUGCCCAAGAAGACCGAGAAGCCCGCCAAGUCCAAGUAAAGCAGGAAAUCCGCUGAUCAACACAAAGGCUCUUUUCAGAGCCAAACACUGUUCUCUG